CGUUUGUCAGUGUGCUUCAUGUUAGGGGACCUGUUGACGCACUAGCCUUUUGCAGUGCUGCUCCAGUGUGUGCAGGAAACAUCACUAAAUCCAAGGAAAAUUUCUAACCAUUUCUCUGCAAACAGCUGCUUCUCAGAGUCUGGACAAACUCUAUAAAAUGUUUGCAUAGGCUGUUGGCAUAUUUUGUUGUGGUAUAUUUUGUCAUUAUGAGAUGUCGUCUCUCAGUGCUUCAUUUGUGCAAAUUCAAUUUGAUGACUUGCAGUUCUUUGAAAGCUGUGGUGGAGGGAGUUUUGGGAGCGUUUAUCGAGCCCGAUGGAUAUCACAGGACAAAGAGGUGGCUGUAAAGAAGCUGCUCAAAAUAGAGAAGGAGGCAGAAAUACUCAGUGUGCUCAGUCACAAAAACAUCAUUCAGUUCUAUGGAGCCAUUAUUGAACCUCCUAACUAUGGCAUAGUUACAGAAUAUGCUUCUGUUGGCUCAUUGUAUGAUUACAUUAAUAGCAACAGAAGUGAAGACAUGGAUAUGGAUCAUAUCAUGACCUGGGCAACUGACAUAGCUAAAGGAAUGCACUAUUUGCAUAUGGAGGCUCCAGUGAAAGUAAUUCACAGAGAUCUAAAGUCUAGAAAUGUUGUUAUAGCUGCUGAUGGAGUAUUAAAGAUCUGUGAUUUUGGUGCCUCAAGGUUUCACCACCAUACGACACACAUGUCCUUGGUGGGUACCUUCCCUUGGAUGGCUCCAGAAGUUAUCCAGAGUCUCCCAGUGUCUGAAACAUGUGACACAUAUUCAUACGGUGUGGUUCUCUGGGAGAUGCUAACAAGGGAGGUCCCCUUUAAAGGCUUGGAAGGAUUACAAGUAGCUUGGCUUGUAGUGGAAAAAAACGAGAGAUUAACCAUUCCAAGCAGUUGUCCCAGAAGUUUUGCAGAACUGAUGCAUCAGUGUUGGGAAGCUGAUUCAAAGAAAAGACCAUCUUUCAAGCAGAUCAUUUCAAUUCUGGAAUCCAUGUCCAAUGACAGCAACCUUCCAGACCAGUGUAACUCAUUCCUGCAUAACAAGGCAGAGUGGAGAUGUGAAAUUGAGGCAACCUUAGAGAGGCUGAAGAAACUGGAGCGUGAUCUGAGCUUUAAAGAGCAGGAGCUAAAGGAACGGGAGAGACGUUUGAAAGUAUGGGAGCAGAAGUUAACAGAACAGUCCAAUACUCCUCUUUUCUUACCUAUUGCUGCAAGAAUGUCUCAGGAGUCUUACUUUGAAACUAAAACAGAGGAAUCAAACAGUGCAGAGAUGUCAUGUCAGAUCACAGCAACAAGUAACGGGGAGGUAGCUGGCAUGAACCAAAGUCUGCAGGCCUUGAUGAUGAAGGGCUUUGGGGAUAUCUUCUCUAUGAACCAAGCAGGAUCUGUCCUGCAUUCUGGAAUGCAGAUAAACAUGCAAGCCAAAAAGAAUUCUUCUAAAACCACCUCUAUGAGAAAGGGGAAGAAAAUCAACAUGGCUGUGGGUUUCAGAGAAUUUGACUGGUCAGAUGAUGAUGAAGAUGAUGAUGAUGAUGAUACAGAUGAUUCUAGUGAAUGAAGUUAGAAAUCUAAUUAAGGCUAAAAUUGGUUUCUAGCAAAUCAAAGCAAUAAAGUUUCAGAAAAAUCAUCCUGUCAUUUUGGUCUGUUUUAAACCCUGUAAAAGAAACAAAAGCAAAAACACUACAUUUUUCUGGGCUAGACAUAUUUGUAUGUUAAAAAUAUAUCUUGUUGGUUUUUAGAUUGUGUUGACCUAUUUUUGCUUUGCUGAAAUUUGGAACUAAAAUUUCAAAACAAAUCGAUGUUUUUAAAACCCAACAAAUAUAGCUGCAGCUCACAUUUAUGCUGUAAUAUUUGGUAUCUGAUUACAGAAACUUCUGUGGCUGAAUGUUUAAGAUCUGAAAACAAUGGAGGAACUUAAAUACCUAUUUUACUUCCAUUACUUUUUUCUCUUUGUUUUUGUUUUUGUAGUUUUCUUUAUCCUUUUUAUUGUUGAUCAUAUGAAUAUAUUUGUGUUUCCAUGUGGGCUUUUCCUAUACAAUCCAUUCUUUCUGACUGCUACAGUGAAGUUGUUUUGCUAAAUUUGUGAUUUCUAAAUCAUUUUCAAGGCAAUAUCCUGUGAUAUCAUAAAUACAUUACUAAGAAGGACAAGCAGGGCUGAGAAAAAUAAAGCCCUUACAAACACACAGUUUAAGAAACAGCAACUGAAUACAGACAAUCACUGGUAAUAGAUAAUUUGUAUAAAUGUUCUUUUCUCUUUCUCUUUAAUUUGUGAAAUUCACUCUUUAGUACAGCCACUUAUAAUAAAACCUCACCACCUAAUUGCAUUGUGGUAGUCUACAAGCUCACUGGUUUUCGGUUACAUUGAUGUAAAUCCAGGAAAUAUCAUUAACUUUGAUGGAUUUACUCUGGAUUUAUUCCGGUUUAGCUGAGAGCAAAAUUGGUCUUAGGUUAUUUAUAGCAAUUUUUUAUCUUGCUGUAACUAUUAAACCAUUUAUCACUGUCCUUCCCCGAAUAGGGGGGGGAGAGACAUUUUAAAAGUGAGCCCUCCUACUGUGGCUUAAGCUAAAGUCUCAGUGAUGACGUGAAGAAUAUUCUCUAGAGUUUAAAUAUCCAUUUUUCUGCUGUGAAAUCAUUUUUAAAAUAUUGCCACUGUUAUGAUUCAUCCUAAAAUUGAGUAUAUAAGUAUCUGUUGCAGUAAUUAUACCACAAACCCUCUGUCCGGAACAGUGAAUGUAUUUUCCUGAUGAACUCUUUGGUGAUGGUACAGAAAGAGAGAAGGAAACAGAUACAUUCGCACCUACAAGUGCAGAAGAAAGGCCCAUUGUAAAAUGUUUGUCAAAUAAAGAAGGGCAAAAACUUUUAAAGAAAAGUGUUACUUUCAUGUUCAGUUGGAUUUGAGGGGAUAAUUAAACUCCUAAGUGCCAUGUGUUGAUGGUGGUUCUCUCAUGAAAAAUGGCGAUUAGUGCUGUUUAAAUACCUUAGAAAGUAGAAUCAUUACAUGAUAGCAGAUCUGAAGUUGGAUCUCCAAGAGUUUGGGACAUUAUAUUCUAUUAUUUAGAAAUAAGAGAAAAAGUUCUUGAAGUUUUAAAAUUAGCUUUUCUAGGGUAACGAGUGCAAUCUUUGAGAUGUGAAAGGUAGCUAGCUUCCUUAUCUAAGGUCCAGUGCUGUUCUGGCCACCUGUAAAGCACUCAGUGCUUUCAACUAUGCUUGAGUUCAACAGGAGCUAAAGAUGCUCAGCACCUCGCAGGAUUGGGCCCUUAACUAUAUGAAAUGUAUAGCAUUUGAGCCAAGUUCCACCCUCUUGCUAGCAGGUUCAAGUCCCUUGGAUUGAAGUUAGCUUUGUGAUAUCUGGGGCAAUUUUUUCAUGCUAAUAAGAAUUUGUAAUUUCAACACUGAACAGUGCAACACGUUCUUAUUGGGAGAAUUUACUGUAUCUAGUCCAAGUGAAAUUUGCUCCUACAAGAUCAGUGGUAGUAGCAUUUUAGGAGCACUAAACAAAGUGACUGAGGGUGUGGGGAGGGACAGAGAAUAGGAAAGGGGCAACAAAUUAAAUGGAAAUGGCAGCAAACAAGCUAUUUCCAAAUGCAGAUUUGUAUUGUUUUUUAAGUCUGCACCUGCUAACAGCUACCGCCGCGACAUUAUUUUUAUAACCGCUAUACUACACGCAGGAAAAAUGGAAGGAUUUGUAUAAUCUAAUAUGUGUCUAUGUUAAACUACUGUACCAUAUUUCUAGUGUAGAGUUGCACAGCUGUAACUGAAGUCAAAAUUGAACCCAGUAUGUUUAGAAAUGCAAAAACAAAAAUAUCUCUUCUUAGUACUGAUACUGAUACUUUGCACUUUUAAAGCACCUAAUAAUCUCAAUGCACUUUGUACAGAUACGUGUUGGUUUUAAUUAGAUGUGCAAAUCCACUUCUUGAUUUAAAUCUUCACCUAAUAAAUAUUCCAACACUACUAUAUCACAUCACUUUUUUGUUGAGGACAGAUAUUCUCAUGCAUCUCUCAUUAAAGUGAAUAGGAGUUAUUUGAGCAUAAUAAAUGGAAUAAUUUGGUAUUUUUUACAUAGAGAGCAGAGCUGGUAAAAAGAAUUUAAAUUUAGUUUUUCAGUGAAAAACAAGGACAACAUUUCCAUGACUUGUCUAUUUUUUAGCCAACUCUAAUAAAGAUAUAUUGAGAGAUAAAGCAAUAACUCUCGAAACAUUUAUUUUCAUGUUCAAAGUAGAAAGGCCCUAGAAUUGUUGUAAAAGAAAGAUCUACUAAGCUUAAGGCUUUCCCCAAACUUUUUUGUUGUGGUUCCUUUAAAGUAUGAUUAUAUUUAGAAUAGUAGCUUGGCUUAAAAAAUGACAUUGUGGAGGUCGAUUUUUUUAUUCUCCUAUAAUGACUGUCAUACCAAACGUGUUCAGUUUACAAGUCAAAAAUAAAUUGUGCUUGACUAUCCAGCUAUGUUUCUGCCUCGAACAUCCUCACUAUAUUUUAAUUUUGAAAGAUUUUGGUUGACAGUUCUGUUGAUAUGGAGGCAGAACAAAACCAUUUUGAUCUUCCACCGUUGAUUUGCUCUGCAGUGCUAGCAGAAUUAAACUUGUUUUUUAAUCUAUCUAGAUGUCCAAUCACCAAAGUGUCUACAAUAGUUACUCAUAAUAGUUAACAGUUACAUAGCAUGUCACAUGAUCAAAGCAUUAACCAAAAGUUAACUAAGGAAUCCUCCCAGGGCCUUAUGAGGCAGAUAAGGUAAAGUGUUGUUAUCCUAUUUCACAGCUGGAGAAGCUGAUAUAGAGAAGUUAAAGGCCAAAUUUGAACUUCUCAUUUUUACUCAGUCAUUAUACUUAAACUAACACUGUCUUCAGUAGGGCAUAUUUCCUGACCUGAGGAACUCAGAGUUUAGCCCUUUUAUUUACUCAAAGCCACAUAGUGAGCUGGGAUCAGAACUCAGGAUUUCCUGACUCCUAACCCAGUUCUCAUUCUUUCGGACUUGGAAAAGAUGCAGGGAAUAGAUAUGCUGAGUAAGACUAUUUUAAUGUAGUCACUUUUAUGACUGUAAUAGCACUAAUGCUUUAGAAUAGCAAUUGCUCUGAGAUCUAAUGCUUAGAUCUGAGGACUUGUUUCAGGGCUUAUAUAGUUUGUGGAGUGUUUUGGAUAUGCUUGAUUAGCUGGCCAUAUUUGUUAACUGUAGUACUUGGACUUAGUCUUCUCUAGAUGCCGGGGAUUUUUGAGACCUGAGAUCUGAAGUAGCUCUUCGGCACAAUGUCAUGUUCUUGACUUGUUCAUUUAUCAUUUGCAGUAUUUUGUUAGAUAGUGAUUUCAUUUCAUUGUAGAUCUUAAAGCAGUUAUUCUAAUUAAAUAUUGAUACAUUGAUCUAAUUAAAUAAUUGAUACAUUAUAUUGCUAUCAGCAGCAGUAAAUCCACAGCACGUAAAAUAAAGCUAAUAAGUAACUAGCAAAGUUACUGUACAUCUUUAGUAAGCUAUUUCCUGUUUUUGUAAUAAGGCAGCUUUUACAGGUUUUUAAUAAGACCUCCAACUUGACAGAGGUUUAAUUAUAGGCCAAUAGAGAAUCCAUUCUGUUCUUCCAACUUUCAUGUAGGAAAAUAGGCUCACAGGACAUACAGUAAUUUUUACAGUCCUUAAAAUCUACCAGUAGAAAUCUGGAGAGGAAUGCAUUUUCCCCCUGACUCCAACUUAGUGCACACUAUUAAGUCUGUAUAGAGGUUUCUGGUGCGUGAAGGUUUAGUUUCAGGACUGUAGUACCAGCAACCUACAUUAAACAUUUUACGUUGUGUGCAAAAUAUUCUGCUGACUUUUAAAGUCAGAUAUAGUCCACUGCAUUUUCUUGCUUUUGCACUCUUUAAAAAGUUUUGUACUGAAUACUAGGAAAUGAUUCUAUUUAUACUCCAAGUGUGAGCAAAUGAAAUUUGAAUAGAAAAUAUUUUCACAGCGUUAGAAAACUUCAUCCCUUCCUACUGAAAUACUAUCCUGAGCAAAACCUGUGCCAAAACUAUUGUGGCAAACUGACUAGCUAAUUUGUAUGGAACAUGCAAUGUUACACCCUCUUGUGGUAAGACCUUUCAGUUGUUUUCUUCACCGCACUUAACAUGUGAUGUCUUGCUUUAUUCACAGUAUGGAUUUGGUUUUCCAGUUUUUCAAAAAAAUGUAAUGUAUUCAAUUUUCUCAGUUGGUGUCAUAAACUUGAUUUUGAUGUGAAGUUUUUUCCUUUGCUUCUCUUUGUUCCAAUCUUCUAUUUUGCAAUAAACAUUUUGACAGUA